AUGUUGGAGGAUCUUGGGCUGCGAGCUCCGCUUGCGACGGCACCCCUGGACCCUACUCCGCCGUCGGCGAGAGCAUCCCCAGACUCCACUCCGCUGGCGAGAGCAGCCCCAGACUCUGCUGUGCGAGCCCUUGCGAGCUCGGGCAAUCGCAGAUCGACUCGAACGGUUGAGUUGGAGGAGCUGCGCAAGCAGCUAGAAGCCCUUCGCAAGGAGAACAGCUGGCUCAAGCUCCAGACCACGGGCGAGGCAUCCCUCGACGAGGACGAGGCCGGGUGGCGCGAGUUCCUCUCCCACCUCAAAUGCGUGCUGCAAAUGCGGUCCGCGGGUAGGUUUGAGCAGGCAACCUUCGACCAGUUCGAGCAGGCGCUCGUUGCCCUCUCGGAUCAGCACCUUCGCGAUCUCUACUCUGGGCUCAUGUUGAUCUAUAUCGACGAGCACGACGCCGCCGUGCUCGAGAGGCUCGGCAUCGGCGAGCCCGACGAGUCGACAGUGGGGUUCGCGGAGAUGGUCACGAUUCGGCUCGGCGAGCUGAUGGACGUUCCUCGACACGUCCGCAUCCAAAACUUCCAGACAGCUCAGCGUCGCAAAGACGAGAAGGUGCGGGAGCGAGCGGAGGAGGACAGGCGCGCCCGCGAAGUGAUGGCUGCGGCUGCGGCUCAGCGCGAGAUUAAUGAGCGGGUCGGAAAGGCACUCCAGCCGCGCUGGCGGUCUCUUCUUGCCGGCGAGGGGGAGGCGUCCGAGGUCCGACGCUUUCAGCGUCACCCCGAGCUCCGGCUACUCGUUGCGAGCGACACCGACCUCAAGAUGAUCUCGCCAUACGACUGGCGGAACAUGGCGUGCUCCGGUCUGAGAGAGCAGGAGCUGCGCUGCCUCUCCUCCCGGCUCGACACUCCGGGAAUGCCAGCGCAGGCAGACGGCUUCAAGAGGGCCGUCGCCGCUCGACUCGCCACGUGCGAUCUUCCGACGGAGGCGGCUGUGGCCACGCUCUGCAAGGCCCACGGUGGCGGUGUCAGUGCUAGCACACCCGAAGGAGAGGCUCCGCCGAAGCCAUUGCCGGCUACGACGCCGGCGCCGCCCCCUGCUCCGCCGCCGCCGCCGCCGCCGCCGCCGCCGCCGCCGCCGCCGCCGCCGCCGCCGCCGCCGCGACCUCCACCGCAUCCGCAAGCUCCAGAGAGGGCGGCUGAGAGCGGCGUUAGCACCGCCGAUGGACAUUCCCAGAUUGUUGCCGCCAUUGCUGCACGCAAGGCCGCGCAAGAGGAGAGGAUGCGGUUGAUAGCGGAGGGCGAGCUCGAGGUGGAGGAUCCGCGCGAACGGCGGCUGCGCGAGAUUGCGCUGAAGCAGACAAAGCUGCCCUUACUUGCGUUCCCUGCCUUGCCCAGAAAGCAGAGCUCGGAGCUCAGCAAUCUCGGGACAUCGCGGGCCGAUGGAGCAACGUAG